UAAUUAAUCAUUCAUUUAUGUUUUAUAGAUCAGUUAUAAGCCAAGAACAAUGUUUGUCUUCUUCUACAGCAUAACACUUUUCACUGUUUGACCAUCUGGGCACCUGGAUCAAAAUCUAGUUAUAAACAGCUUACUAACAUUUAUAACUACAGACUUGAUAGGUGUGUAGAACAUUUAUAGGUGGCUGACUAUCUUUUGCUGAUGGUUUAUUAAAACCAAUAAAAAACCAUUAUUCUUUAUUAAUGUCUUACUAACAUUUAUUAGUCCAGGCUUGAUGGGCUGGAGGGGUUUUCCUGAUGAAGUUAAAUGCUACCAAAGAGGCAUGCUGGAGGAGGAUUUUCCACAACUUGGCAACCAAAAAUUGUUGCUAUCAAUGGGUUAUAGCUGAUCUGUAAAACAUUACAAAACUAUUUAACAAUUUAACCAUUAAUCACGUUUUAAAAAGCCAAUAUAAAUGGAGCCCUAUCAGCAAAUGGUGGAAUCAAAUGGAAAAACACAUGCAAGUACAUCAAAUUUGUAGGUUACUUUAACACAAUGUUUGAGUAAAAGUGAGCCUCUGGUUGUUUCUCACCACUGAAAUAUUCUUGGCAAUCUGGCAAUCAAAAUUAGGCUACAUUUGUCCCUAUUUAAUUGUGUUUUUAAUGUAUUCAGGAGUUUGAUGUUUGGCUCACAUUGUCCCAAACAUCACAUUUUGGUCCCUGUUUUUUAUCAUCUUGGUGGAGGUGAACAACACCACGCUCACCUUCACCACUUACUUGCCAGCUGUCCUGGCUCUUUUUUUACCAAAACUUGCCUCUCCCUCCGGCCAUUCAUCUUUUGUGACUCUUGUGAUUGAAAGCCCCCUCAGCGCGUCGCGUGCUGUGACAAUACGCAGAGCGUGUCUGGAAAGUCAGCAGCGUCGGACUGAACCAUUUAAAAAGGGUCCGGGGAGAUCCGUUGCACCAAGGGAUUUAACUCUCUCGGUUUAAAACGUACCUUUGUUAGAACAAAUACACUUUCAGAGAUUUGAAAAUGAUAAAAGCAAAAACAUGAAGUAAAUAUAAUAUGAAAUUCACCAGCAAAAGAAUAGAAAAAAAUAUCAAUAAAGCUCUUCCCCCUUCACAGAGAAAGUGGAGUUGACUGAAACAGAUGUCCCAAACGCUACUCUCACAUCAGACCAGCAGAGAAAGUCUGAACAACUGCGGCCGCUGCCGAGAGGAUGCUGUAGAGGAGCAGAAGACUCACCAUAAGGUAAAUACACAGGAUUUUCUGGAGGUUUACUACGUGAUAAAAAGGGGGAAACACCGGACAGAGAAGACGCAGCAACACGAGUCGGUUUCAACCAGGUAUUUGACUGGAAACUUGAGAGCAGAUAGUCAAGAUGACGGCCAUCGAGAGUAAAGAGGAGAUCAGUGACACUGACAGUGGAAUUAUCUUACACUCUGGACCAGACAGCCCCACGUCCCCAGUGAAGGAUCUGACCACCCACACCAGAGCCCUGAAGCUGAAGCACCAGUCUCUGGAGGAGCGUCUGGAGCUCUGCCUGCUGGAGCUGCGAAAGCUCUGCAUCAGAGAGGCAGAGCUGACUGGUACACUGCCCACAGACUAUCCUCUGAUGCCUGACGAGAAGCCACCUCGGGUCAGAAGGAGGAUUGGAGCUUCCUUCAAGCUGGACGAAGGUCUGAUCCAUCUGGAUAAACAGGAUUCAGAGUUGCAGGCGCUGGAAACUGACUUAGCUCUUCAGCAGCAGAUUUAUGAGGCAGCCCGCAAACUCUCCCUGGAGGAGAACCUGAGCAAACCACAGAAGAAGAGCCGACUCCAGCAGUGCAAGAGGGAGGAGAAGAAAGUGAAGGACCUGCAGGAGGCCGUGUUUCAGCACAGGAUCAAGAGUGAGUGCAACUCACCGUGCAUCAGCGUCUCAACCAGCCAAAACAAAGAUCUGUGCAUGUCUGAUGACAGCUCCCUGUCUGAUGUGGUGGCCCUGGAUGAUGAUGUGGACUCGCCCAGCCCCCUCUCUCCUCCUGUGUUGAUCACUUCCUAUUCAGACCCCCUCCAGCUGUCAGCCAAGACCCUGCAGUCGUCCCAGCAGUCAUCAAGUCAGCUCAGUGUGGAGUAUGAGCGCUCUCCCAUCCAGAACUCUCCAUGGAAGGAGUCCAGUCUGGACCAGCCAUACCAGAAGGCCUCAAAACCUCAGUCUGCUUGCAGCAGCAGGUCCAGUAGUCCAGCAGGAACCCAGGUAUCUGUGGAGAGCAGCAGGAUUCCUCUCUCUCAGUUUGUCAAGAACUCGGCCCUGCGCCACAACCACUCCACCAGCGCCCCCUCUACCCCAGAGCUGCACGUACGGCGUCAGUACUCCCAGUCCUUCAGACUUCCCAAAAAUAAGGCGUCUGCUGACAAGGAGCGCCUCAGCUCGGAGAGCAGUCGAGGGCGAGCCAGGCUGCCCCAGCGGCGCUGCGUGGCUGACUUCAUGGUGCGGUCUCCGGAGUACUCUCCCCUGCGUCUAUACCAGUCCAGCUCUGAGGACAGCAGCUCGGAGCACUCGUCCUCCUCCUACAUCAGCUCCCCAGGCAGGGACGGACCAACCGAGAUCCCAAAGCUCUGCCCGCCGCCUUACGGAUUCCACUUUGGAGCAAAAAAAGGAGUCUCCAGCUUCUCUGGCUCACACAAGAACAACAGCCAGUCUCAGCCCAGCCCUGGCUUCAUCAAGGCCGCAGUAGAAAAUGGCCCCCUCUCCCCUCAAGACCUGGACCUGGGAAAGUGCUUCCUGUCCUCCCCUCCUGUGGCAUGCAGCCCUCAGCAAAGACAGUGUCAGGAGGGAGCGUUGUCCCCGAGGAGAGUCCUAAAGCCCCCUCCGCCUUACACCAGGCUGGUGCGAACACCCUCGCUGAAGGAGUAUCCUAACCAUGCUAUUAGGCUGAUGCCCAGGGAGAUUGUGUCAGAGGAGCUGAAGUCCUGGCAUCAGAGGAAUCAGCUGCAGAAGUUGCGGCCGAGCUGCGUGGAUCAGCAGAGCUCAAUGAGCAUCAAAAGCCCCACUUCACCCCACCUGCCUCCAUUUACAGAGGGUUCGGGGAAUGUAAUUCUCCAGAGAGCUGCAGAUGGGACUCCACUCCAGUGGUUUGUGGCUGAAGAUGCUGAAAUUGUGAGCCAGGUGUAGCUGAGACCUCUGCUCCUUUGCAGUAUGCUCAGUAGGAUGUAUGCUAUUCCUUUCUAUUUAUCUCUGUAUUUAUUAAGUUUUUGGACUCUCUGUGAGAUUGUAUGUUGACGUGAUGCAGAAAACAUGGACCUAUUGGUACCCUGACAAGCACAUUUUCUCUUUCCUCUUUUAACUUAAAACUUAAGGUAAGGUGAUAUGCCAGUUUUAUUUAUUUUAAAUUGUUUUCUAAUAGACAGGCCUGAGGUGAACGGAAGUUCAUUCAAUUUCAUUAAUGUGUCAAAUGGAUCAUAAACUUGCUGUGGUUUCAAAAAAAUGCUUUGUGGCUGGCACACAUUUUGCACUGCAGUAGCAGUAGCAGUAGUUUUCAUAUAAGUCCUCCUAUUCCUAAUAUAAUUUCAACACCACGCUAUAUUUAUCUAUUAUUUAAAGUUUCCCUCUUGCAACAUAGAGACUUACUAAAAAGUUGAAAAUGCAUUUUUACAUAUAUAUAGUUAAAAUUUAACAUGAACAUGACGUGAAGUAAGCUGAAUCUUAACAUUUGCUAUUAACUCUUUAUAAUUAAUCACUGAUGCCUUUUAACAGUGGUUUGAUGAAUGUUUUCACUGCAGUUUGGUGUUUUGUUACUAACCAAGUGAUUGUAUCAGUUUUGAUAUUUUUUGUAUAUUUAUAAUAAAAAAAUG